AUGAAUCAAUUUUGGCUUUUUCUUUCCUCUUUUAGAGAAGAACCUUAUGAAGAACCUAAUUUAAAACUGCAUCUUUACACUUUUUUUUUAGAGUUACCAUUAUGUCGUGGAUAUUACUAUUCGUGUAUGGAUUCAAUGUUAUGCCAAAGUGGUAUAGUCUGUGUACAAAGUUCAACUGCUUCACAGUGUUGCACUUCACCACAUACAGAAUGCCCAAAUAUUAAUGUAAUCGGCAUCCGAUGUAAUAAACUUGUAUCAAUUUUUAUUUCCAGGUGUAAUACAAAUCGUGACUGUCGUCGAUAUUCAACAUCUAAACAGUUAUGCUGUCCAACAGGAUGUAACUAUAAUGUCUGCAUUAAUCCAAAUUUUGGAACUCCAGCUCCAUAUCUUAUCAACGAUUUUUGUUAG